GGCUGGUGGCGUCGGCCGCGCGGUCCUCCUCCGCGCCCCUCCCCUGGCGCUCGCGCUGCCUGCGCCCGGGAAGCCGCGGCUGCUCGCUGCUGGCUGGCGUGGGGACCAGCGCGGACGCGGGGGCGACGGGAGCGCGGACGGCACAGCUGCCCAGGAGUCGCCGAGGGGACCCCGGCCUGAGCGCAUCCAAGUGAGGGCUGCGCCCCGCCAGCCCAACCUCGGGAGCCUCCUCUCCUGCUUCCCACUGCACGCGCCCGGUACAGCCAUGAACACCAACGACGCCAAGGAGUACCUGGCCCGGAGGGACAUUCCUCAGCUUUUCGAGAGCCUGCUGAAUGGCUUGAUGUGUUCCAAGCCAGAAGACCCUGUAGAGUACUUGGAAACUUGUUUACAGAAAGUCAAGGAGCUAGGAGGCUGUGACAAGGUGAAGUGGGACACAUUUGUCAGCCAGGAAAAGAAGACAUUGCCGCCGCUGAAUGGAGGACAAUCUCGGAGAUCCUUCCUCCGAAAUGUCAUGCCUGAAAAUUCAAACUUUCCAUAUCGACGGUAUGACCGGCUCCCUCCAAUCCACCAGUUUUCCAUAGAGAGUGACACGGACCUGUCAGAGACCGCAGAGCUGAUAGAAGAGUAUGAGGUUUUUGACCCGGCUAGACCUCGGCCAAAAAUCAUUCUUGUCAUAGGUGGUCCAGGAAGUGGAAAAGGUACUCAGAGUUUGAAAAUUGCAGAGCGGUAUGGAUUCCAGUGCAUCUCAGUGGGGGAAUUAUUGAGGAAGAAAAUCCACAGUGCCAGCAGCAACAGAAAAUGGAGUCUGAUUGCCAAGAUCAUCACCAACGGGGAGCUGGCCCCACAGGAGACAACAAUUACGGAGAUAAAACAAAAAUUGAUGCAAAUACCCGAUGAAGAAGGCAUUGUUAUUGAUGGAUUCCCAAGAGAUGUUGCCCAGGCUCUGUCUUUUGAGGACCAGAUCUGCACCCCUGACCUGGUGGUGUUCCUGGCUUGUGCCAACCAGAGGCUCAAGGAGAGACUACAGAAGCGUGCGGAGCAGCAGGGGCGGCCAGAUGACAACCUGAAGGCCACCCAGAGGAGACUAGUGAACUUCAAGCAGAACGCCGCCCCACUAGUGAAGUACUUCCAGGAGAAGGGGCUCAUCAUGACUUUUGACGCCGACCGCGAUGAAGACACAGUAUUCCGUGACAUCAGCAUGGCUGUCGACAGCAAGUUGUUUCCACACAAAGAGGCUCCGACAGAUUCAAGCGACCUUGACCCUUCCAUGAUGUUUGACGCUGGAGAGAUUAUCGACACAGGAUCAGAUUACGAUAACCAGGAUGAUGAUCAGCUAAAUGUAUUUGGAGAAGACACCGUGGGAGGCCUCAUGGAGGAGUUGAGGAAGUGUAAAAUUAUUUUCUUGAUGGGUGGCCCCGGCUCUGGCAAAGGCACCCAGGGUCAGAAGCUGGCAGAAAAAUAUGGAUUCACCCACCUCUCCACCGGUGAGCUUCUGCGCCGGGAACUGAGCUCAGAGUCAGAAAGAAGCAAACUGAUCCGUGACGUCAUGGAGCGUGGAGACCUGGUGCCCUCGGGUGUCGUCCUGGAGCUGCUGAAGGAGGCCAUGGUGGCCAGCCUGGGCUACACCAAGGGCUUCCUGAUUGACGGCUACCCCCGAGAAGUGAAGCAAGGGGAAGAGUUUGGACGAAGGAUUAGAGACCCACACUUGGUCAUCCGCAUGGACUGCUCAGCAGACACCAUGACUAACCGCCUUCUUCAGAGAAGCCAGGGCAGCCAUCACGGGGAGGGCAGAGCCCAGAGCAUCGCCAAGCGCCUGGAGGCCUACCACCGAGCGUCCAUCCCUGUCAUCACCUACUAUGAGACGAAAACACAGCUACGGAAGGUAAAUGCAGAGGGAACACCAGAUCAAGUUUUUCUUCAGCUCUGCACAGCUAUUGACUCAGUUUUCUGAAGGAGACAAUGCACCAGUGUUAAGUGGAGACAGAAACCCGUGAAACUCACCCUUAACACGUUUGGGUUAACCCCCUUUGCCCCCAUCCCCACCCAUCCCAGCUCAUCUCAUGUGAGAGGUUCUGGAAAUCAUGCAUGGUAUACCUCGGACUGUCCGCCUCUCUCUCCUGCUGACAACUGUCCCCACUCUGGUAGCUGGUUCUGGAUGGGAAGAACAGUGUGGGAUCUGCCUGUUCCAGCUGUGCCCCAGGGACAUCAUAUCCCUAUUUCUCCAUCACCGCUUCCUCCUUCUCACAGGUUUAUUUGUUCCUCCCUGAUGUGGGUGGUUAGCAUGGGGACAAGCUUGGACAGCUCAUCUGGUACUGGCUGCUUCUCCAGUCCCAUCCAUGAGAGGGCCUAGAGCCCUACCGGACACAAGGAGUUAAGCUAGUAGUACCUGACAGAAAUACUUCAAAAUGACACUGUCCAGCCUCUCUUAGAGAGCAAGCCUGGACAACCAGUCCCACCCUUUUGGGACACUAGCUACUUGGAACAGUGGCACAAAAGCUGACAACUCUGGCCAACCAUACAAGCCACUCUCCUCUCCAUGUGGCAGUAAGUCUCAGCACUUAUGUAAAUUAGUACCAGAGACCAGAAAUAAUCUAAAAGUAUGAGAGAUGAUUUGUUACUUCACUCACUGGACAAAACCAACUUGUAGUUUUGAUUUGAGACAUACUCCCUGACAUACUGCCAAAUAAAAAGAAAGGAACAACAUCUCAGCUGACGCUGGGGAGGGCUCGCUGGUACAAGGUGUCUGUCAGCUCCUGGGUUGUACCUGGGUCAAGCGCCUGCCCCAGGGGUAAAUCCCGUGGGUGUUCGGUGCAGAGUUGCUGAACUGCAGCUGCUUGUAUCUUCUGAAAUACCUGCGUCUUGCACUCAAUCGCUACAAUGUUCAGUUUGGUUUGCAUGACUCCUCCUCAAUGAGUGACCAAAUACUGCUGUUUCCAGGACACGACUGUAUUUCAUUUUUUUCUCAAAACAUUUAUGUACAAAUGAAA